CAGAAACGACAAAAUGGCGUGGAAGAGUAGGUGGCGUUUCCUCGCUUUGGCCAUUCUUGUGAUUUGCCAAGCUCCUAGAGUAAGAGCUUCAAAGGAAGUUAUGAAGAAGUUGGCCACAGGCUUUUCUAAAGCUUUGGAUGACUGUAAGAAAGAGUUAGGGCUGGGUGAGCACAUCAUGCAAGACUUCUACAACUACUGGAAGGAAGACUACGAGCUGCUGAACAGGGACACAGGCUGCGCCAUCAUGUGCAUGGCCACCAAGUUCGACCUCAUCUCCGAGGACAUGAGCCUGCAUCACAAGAACGCACAUGAGUUCGCCAAGACACAUGGUGCUGAUGACGAUUUGGCUCAACAGCUGGUAACAAUGCUUCACGAGUGCGAAAAGUCCUACAGCGAUAUUUCAGACGGGUGCAUGAAGACCCUGGAGAUAUCCAAGUGCUUCCGGACGAAGAUUCACAACCUGAAGUGGGCGCCCUCGAUGGAAGAGAUCCUCGAGGAGUUGAUGACUGAGGUUUAAAAUCAUCACCAGGAAGUAAAUUGGAGGUGAUAUCAUGACGAUUCCUUUAUUGAUAACUACUUAACUGCGGUCUAGAAGAAGGAAAACCUUUUAUUUUGCAAAAAAUCAUCAAAUUUUACAGUAUUACAUUAUUAAAGUUUAAACAAGUAAGUUUUAAAAACCCCGACUGCAUUUUUCAAACCACAUAAAGAGUAUGAAACCCGCCAUUUUUUUUAUGUAACCAGUAAUACUCGCGCCAUCAACACGAAUUUAAACAAGUUAUUUAUCAAAAUCGGUUAAGCCUUUGAGUAGUCACAAGCUGACAUAGGAACGGACAUACAUACAAAAGGAUCUAAUACAUAACCCUCGUUUUUGGCUUCACCGCAGUCGGUCAAAAAUACAAAACUAUAAAGUUUAAAACAACUGAUUGGCACUUUGGUGAUUGAGUAGGUACAUUUUGCGUAAACCACUGCGAUAUUGUUCUAAAAUCUUAAAAUAUCUUUAAUUAAGUACGAAAAUUGAAAAUCUAUGAACUAUAAAUGAAAUUAUAUUAUCUCAGAAAUUGAAAUAAGCUAAUUUGACCAAUUUUUAUAAACAUAAUUGUAAAGUUAUAUUGGUCUUAUAAAUCAUCUUAGAUUUAUUCUUAUAAAAUGGUACAUACGGGUUUUGGUACAGCUUAAUGAGUAAUUAAGGUUUAUGAUAUUGCCUCCAAUUACCAAAAUAAUAAAAUUAAAUGCGACGACUUGCUAAAUGUUUAAUGGAUUUUCGAAAUAUAUUAUUACGCUUCUCCCAAUUACUUGUCAGUUAGUAUUUAAGUUGUUUAAUCCUCGUUUAAAUUUUAAGUGGUGUGGAAGUACCUAUGUUAAUAAAUAAAUU